GUACUUCCUGAAAACGCUUUCAAGGCUUGUUCCUCACAUUCAGACACAGACUCGUAGUAAUUUUUGUGGGCUGGAAAUACGCGACAAAAUAACCCUUCAUACUACCUCUUUAAGAUUUAAUAAUAAUGAAAAGUCGCGACCAUCUGAGUACUCAGAGAAGCCACCUGUUUCCGACACCAUUGUCCCGACUCCGAUGGCAUCUGCUUUUCGAAACAUGUUUGAUAAUUCCUCAAUCCGAUCUUGGACUAUGCUUCAUCGGGUAACAAAUAACGGAUUUAUCACGUCGGACAAUGUGCACAUAAGAGGGCCUGUGGUAUUAUUGAACGGUGAACUUUUUUUAUGGGAUGUUCCUCAGGGAGUUGGUAAUUCAGGUGGCGUAUUUGGUGGGUGGAAAGAGGAUUUUCUAAAAAUAUUCGAAGUCAUUAUACCAAGGCCCGAGCUUUUGAUCUUUGGGACAGGAAAAACCUUUAUUCCAAUUCCUUUGGAGGUGCGCAACUAUAUUUACAAAUUAGGAUUACAAAUAGAUGUCCUAGACACGGAUAAUGCAUUGGCAACCUUCAAUGUAUUGGCUGAGGAGGGACGAGAUGUCGCCGCCGUGUUCCUACCAAUUCGUCCUACGAACGCUCGGACGG